UAAACACUGGAAAGAGGGAAGACAAGCGCGUGUGCGCGUCUGUGUGGUGGAUAAGUGCUCUCCUCCCCGCCCCCUCCGGGCCUUGGCUGUCAUGGCCUCUGCUUCCAAAUCCUUCCUCGCCGAUGCCGGCUACGGGGAGCAGGAGUUGGACGCCAAUUCCGCCCUUAUGGAGCUGGAUAAAGGUCUCCGAUCUGGCAAACUGGGGGAGCAGUGUGAAGCAGUUGUACGUUUUCCCAGGCUCUUUCAGAAAUACCCAUUCCCAAUUCUAAUUAACUCGGCAUUUUUAAAGCUAGCUGAUGUUUUCAGAGUGGGAAACAACUUCCUGCGGCUGUGUGUUCUGAAAGUUACUCAGCAGAGUGAGAAGCAUUUGGAAAAAAUCCUGAAUGUGGAUGAGUUUGUGAAAAGAGUUUUCUCGGUUAUUCACAGCAAUGAUCCAGUUGCUCGAGCGAUCACACUCAGGAUGUUGGGCAGUAUGGCAUCCAUAAUUCCAGAAAGGAAGAAUGCGCAUCACAGUAUUCGUCAGAGCUUGGACUCACAUGACAAUGUAGAGGUUGAAGCUGCUAUCUUUGCUGCAGCUAAUUUUUCUGCCCAGUCCAAAGAUUUUGCUGGCGGGAUUUGUAACAAAAUCAGUGAAAUGAUUCAAGGUUUAGCCACUCCUGUAGACUUGAAGCUGAAGUUGAUCCCCAUCCUGCAGCAUAUGCAUCAUGAUGCUAACCUGGCCUCCAGUGCCCGUCAGUUACUCCAGCAGCUGGUGACAUCCUACCCUUCUACCAAGAUGGUCAUUGUUACUUUACACACCUUUACCUUGCUCGCUGCCUCCUCUUUGGUUGACAUUCCCAAGCAGAUACAGCUCUUGUUGCAAUAUUUGAAGAAUGACCCAAGAGAGGCUGUGAAGAGGCUUGCUAUUCAAGAUCUAAAGUUACUUGCAAAUAAAACCCCACAUACAUGGAGCAGAGAGAAUAUUCAGGCACUAUGUGAAUGUGCUCUUCAAACUCCUUAUGACAGUAUGAAACUAGGCAUGCUAUCUGUACUUUCCACACUGUCGGGGACAAUAGCCAUCAAACAGUACUUCAGCAUUGCUCCAGGAGCAACACCUACAGCAACAAGAUCAUCUGAUCUAGUCAAACUAGCACAGGAAUGCUGUUACCAUAAUAACCAGGGGAUUGCAGCUCAUGGAGUCCGAGUUCUGACAAACAUAGCUGCUUCAUGCCAGGAAAAAGAUCUUUUGCCGUUGGAGCAGGAUGCUGUCUUUGGCCUUGAAUCCCUCCUUGUUCUUUGUAGUCAAGACAGCAGUCCAGGUACUCAAGCAACCUUAAAGAUAGCACUCACUUGCAUGGUGAAGCUGGCCAAGUGCCGCCCCCACCUGAGCCAGUCCAUUGUGGAGUCCUUGUUGACACAGCUGCACAGCGCUCAAGAUGCUGCCAGGAUUCUCAUGUGCCACUGCUUGGCAGCCAUUGCCAUGCAGUUACCGGUCUUGGGAGAUGGAAUGCUGGGGGACCUGAUGGAUCUCUAUAAAGUGAUUGGACGGUCUGCAUCUGAUAAACAGCAAGAGCUUUUGGUAUCUCUCGCUACUGUGAUAUUUGUUGCCAGUCAGAAGACUUUAUCCUCUGAAGUGAAAACUGUUAUCAAACAACAGCUUGAAAAUGUCUCCAGUGGAUGGACAGCUUACAGGAUAGCCAGACAAGCUUCCAGAAUGGGUAACCAUGGCAUGGCCAGAGAGCUGUAUCAAAGCUUGCUGACUCAGGUGGCUUCAGAACACUUCUACUUCUGGCUAAACAGCUUAAAGGAGUUCUCCCAUGCAGAGCAGUGCCUGACAGGGCUGCAAAAGGAUGAUUAUAGUUCAGCACUUUCCUGUAUUGCUGAGUCACUGAAAUCUUACCACAAAGGAAUAGCAUCCUUAACGGCUGCCAGCACGCCCCUUAACCCUUUGAGCUUUCAGUGUGGGUUUGUCAAACUCCGGAUUGACCUCCUUCAGGCUUUCUCUCAGCUCAUCUGCACUUGUAAUAGUCUGAAGACUAGUCCUCCCCCUGCCAUUGCCACAACAAUUGUCAUGACCUCAGGCAGUGACCUUCAGCGGUGUGGACGCAUUUCCAACCAGAUGAAACUCUCCAUGGAAGAAUUCAGGAACCUAGCUGCAAGAUACGGAGAUCUCUAUCAAUCAUCCUUUGAUGCAGACUCAGCAACUUUGAGGAAUGUGGAGCUACAGCAGCAAGGUUGCUUAUUGGUAUCGCAUGCGAUCGAAGCCCUGAUUUUAGAUCCUGAAUCUGCAAGCUUACAGGAAUACGGCUCUGCUGGAGUGGCACAUGCCACAAGUGAAUAUGAAAGGAGAAUGAUGUCUGUGUUCAGUCAUGUGCUGGAGGAAGUGGAAUCACUGAACAGAAAAUAUGCACCCGUGUCUUACAUGCACACGGCUUGUCUAUGCAACGCAGUCAUUGCCUUGCUGAAAGUUCCCUUGUCAUUCCAGAGGUAUUUUUUCCAGAAGCUGCAGUCGACUAGCAUUAAGCUUGCCCUGUCACCAUCCCCACGCAACCCUGCUGAGCCCAUUGUCGUUCAGAAUAACCAGCAAAUGGCAUUGAAGGUAGAAGGAGUGGUUCAGCACGGCUCCAAACCUGGCCUUUUCCGCAAAAUUCAGUCAAUCUGUCUAAAUGUAUCUUCAACACUGCAGACCAAAUCUGGGCAAGAGUACAAGAUGCCCAUUGACAGCCUGACAAAUGAGAUGGAGCAGAUGGUUGAGCCUCACAACGAUUACUUCAGCACACAGUUCCUCUUGAACUUUAUUAUUGUUGGCACCCACAGCAUCACAGUGGAGUCUUCUGUUAGAGACCUCAAUGGUAUCAUAUGGAAGACAGGGCCCAAAACCACUCUGUUGAUUAAGUCUCUUGAAGAUCCAUACUCCCAGCAAAUUCGACUUCAGCAACAGCAAGGACAGCAGCCACCACAGCAGCCGCAGCCACAGCAACGAACUGCCUAUACCCGUUUUUAGCACUGUUCUUAUCAUUCAUCAGCCCAAGUAAAAGGCAUUCCAUUUUAUUUGGACGUUGUCAUUUCCCCCAUCUGUUUCCCAUUAUGCCUUCCUUCCUUCCUUCCUUCCUUCCUUCCUUCCUUCCUUCCUUCCUUCCUUCCUUCCUUCCUUCCUUCCUUGGCAACUGCUCGGCCACUGAAACCCAACCCUCAUCAGGCACACCAUGUAACAAGCUGGUUGAAUGAAGUGGUUCUGCUCAUAGGUCCAGCUGUUUCCACCAUGCCACUGAAAUUGCUCUAGCAGUGGAGUGCAGAAAUUUGCUAAAGCAGAACAAAGCCUUGGUUAUGUACUUUAAAGCCUUUUUUCAGCUUCUUAUGGCCCUGUUCAUGUGAUGUGGGUCACUAAGGGCCUGAGGGGGCUGAAUCCAUGUUGGUAUGGCUUCAUCACAUACCCAGCUCUUCUUGCCAUCAUUCAGCACAGAUUUUAGGAUGGUGUGAUGAACUGAAAUCUGGCCCCACUACAUGAUCCAUCCAAUCACUGUUUUAUUGUGCAUUCCGCGUGCCUUGUAACCUGCAUUCCACCUCGCACAAUAGAAAAGCCACUUUCCAGCCUCAGAUAAGAAUGGGCCAAGUUGGUUUCCCAUUGCAUCCUUCUUGACAGCUUCCAAUUGGAAGAUAAUGAGCAGUGAAAGGUCUGCAACAGUUUCCUGGGUUGCAUCCCAACAUAUUGGCUGUUUGACUAAUCCAGUUGCCACUUCCUGAGGAGCCUGACUUUCGAUUCUACAUUUAGUCUUUCAAAUCACAUUGGGUUUUUAUGUAUGCAAAACUGUGUUCCUCUGUGUUAUUCAGUACAUCUACAAAUGCAAAAAGUUUCAACAAACGUGCAGACCUUCUGGAUGAUUAUAUGUAAAUAAUCACUUUGAAUGCUGCUAAGUUAGAAAGAGGUUUGGAUAUCAUUCCAAAUAUCUGAGUGGUGUUCUUUAAUGCCUCUGAAUCUUGCAGCUGCUCAUAUUUGUUGCUUCUCUAUAUAAUAAUGCUUGAGCUAUGCCAUUGUGGGGAAAGGGAGAUUGUCUUCCUUUAUAGGAAAAGGCAUUUCAGUUUGGUUGGGAUCCUUGGCCCCCUCCCAACACAGAAUCCCCCAGAAAGAAAUAUAUUCAUCUUCGAAAGGUUAGAAAGUUGAAAGAUCAAAAAGGGUUGUGUUAUAACUGUUGUAGUAUUUUAAUGUUACCAGUAAGGCUUGGAAGCAUUUGGUAUCCUGAAAGGCAGGAUAAAAAUAAUUUUAAUACUAAUAAUUUCCUGCUUUAUUCUGUACCAGAGUUGUGAAUGGAGAACCUUCUUCCAUUAAAUACUCUAUGGUUGGUGGAGUGCAUGCCAUAGCUGUCUAGGAAGAAAAUGACUUUGCAUUCUCUUACUGAACUUGCAAUGUGUCAAUUCCUCUUGCUUUCAGAUGUGAGAAGUUCACUCAGCUCUUGAUGAUAAAGGUAUGCAGGUUGAGAGUUUCUUUCAUUGUAAAUACUGGGAGAUGGGUUUGGAGGUUACUUGCAACAUGCUCCUUUUUUAGAAACUACUCAGAUGUAGUUUAUUACUUCAUCUUACAUCAAGCAGAUGCCUCCUUAUUAUGUAUAGAAUAUCCUAAUAAACCAUUUGUUUCCCAUUUG